CGUUGAUUGAACCCGUCAGUGAAUCAGCUGAUCGCCUCGCAUUACGUGGAAGAGAAUCAGCUGUGCGCAACAUGGACAUGGACGAGCUGGCGAGCGAAGAUCUCGAAAUACCGCCCGCUAAAUACGAAUAUUUGGAUCACACCGCGGAUGUACAAUUGCAUGCAUGGGGCGAUACCAUGGACGAGGCUUUCGAGCAAUGCGCGAUGGCCAUGUUCGGCUACAUGACGGAUCUCGAGCGCGUGCAGGUCACACAGGUGCAUCACAUCGAGGCCGAAGGUGACGACAUGGAGAGUUUACUCUUCCAUUUUCUUGACGAGCUGCUCUUCAUGUUUAGUGCUGAGCCGUAUAUAGUCGCCAAGAAAGUCAAGAUUACCGAAUUCGACCGAGAAGGAUUUAAAAUCAAGGCAACCGCGUACGGCGAGGAGUUCACAAUUGGCAAACACACGCAAGGUGCAGAGGUAAAGGCCAUCACAUAUUCAGCAAUGCAGAUCAACGAUCGCCCGCGGGUGGAGCGGCCCGAAAUCUUCGUGAUCGUCGAUAUAUGAUAUUACCCUCGCCCGUCGAUCGCACUGCACACAUACCUCAACGAUAUUUUGCUGCACAAUUUUCUGGUAAUGCUCUAACAACAGCGAAAAAGUAGUGGGGAAAUGGGGGGGGGAUUACUUAGCUUGAACGGGUGGUGCAUGGAAAAAGUAGGGGAAAGUAGCCGAAGGGCAAGAAAGGAAACCGUAUACCUCCCAUACGGUCUACAUAGGAGCGAUCCUUUUGUACUUGCCCCGUAGGGUUCAAAUAAAUACGUUACGAAGAAUGCACCGAACUCCCCUUCUUCUUGGCUCGACUUGAUUCAGGCGUGUACUAAGUUAGUCCCGAACUCUCGGCAAAACGCAAUAAAAAGAGCCAAGAGAUUAGCCGUUUGUUAUCAAGAAAUGCGUGCGAGUUUUUAUCGUUAUCGAUGUUACAUGUAUUUUUUUUUUACUUAUUUAACAUUGUUAUUUACAAAAUGUAAUCAAUACGAUAGAGUCCCUCUAUUCCAGUUGCCUUUAAAUUAUGGUUCUCUUUUAGCUUUCUCACUACACAUUUCUCUCGCAAUGAUCAUGCGGGAAAGCGAGAAAAAUGUACAAGAUACCAUUGGUAUCAUGUAAAUUGAUUACACACACAAUAAUCUGCAUCAUUAAAGUAAAGCCCAUUUUUACCAAUUUAAACUAACAUUUUAACACGUUUUAUAAUAUUAAUGUUUAUAAUAUAUAUAUUUGUCGAUUAAUGUUUAUCGCACGUACACUGUACGUACAAUUGUAUGUUUCAGCUAUCAGCGGUAAAAUGAAAAAAAUUGAUUAAUUUUAAAUGUAGGUCACAGCUUUCUAUUGAUAUUUAUAAAAAGGUAUAGUAUCGUGUUAACGCUAUUUCUUUGAUAUUACACACGUUUCAAAUUUAUGUAUAAUCAUCCAAUAGUUAUAUAGAAUUAUAUUCUAUUUUAUAUGCAUAUGAGAGUGUGUAUUGUGACAUAAACUAAUUGAAAAAAAUUGAACCGAGCUAUUCUCAUCUUUUGAGAAAAUAAUGUCUAAAAAAUAUAAUAUCCAUUAUUUGUACGAAACUGCAGUUUUCCAAUGAAAAGUAUCCUGUAGCAUCUAUUUGACGCGAUUGCAUUGUAUUGUAUUGUAUUGUAUAUAUACUUGAUACGAGACGGCGAUCGAGGAAUCUGAAUUGUGAUAAGAGGGACCGUCGGUGAUGAAAUUGAAAUAAAAAAAAGUGCGACUUUUUGCCAAUGA